UCCUACUUCCUGUUUCCGGUUUCCUCCUGUUUAUGUUUGCAGAAAAUCUCUGACAUUCGGUCACAAACUACAUUAAUAUACGUUAUAAAUAAAACAAUUAUAAUAUCAAACCCGAGGACGGACUCUGCAGAUUAACUUCAGUCGGUGGCGUGUUUCCUUCUGUCCCCUCCUCCCUCUGUUUGUCCUGUUUGUCCUGUUUGUCCUGUGUCCUCCAGCUCCCAUGUCCCAGGCUCCUCUCAGCAUGAACCCCGACAGCUUCACCUGCUCCAUCUGUCUGGAGCAGCUCUCGGAUCCGGUCACCGUCCCGUGUGGACACAGCUACUGCAUGGGCUGCCUGACCAGCCACUGGGACCGCCAGUCCGUGUACUGCUGUCCCCAGUGCAGAGCCUCCUUCAGUCCCAGACCCAAACUGGGCCGGAACACGCUGCUGGUGGAGAUGCUGCAGAAGCUCGGCUCCGUCCGGCUGAGCUCGGUCCCCUCGGCUCCUCCUCUAUACGAGAGCCUGGAGAACCCCACCUUCGAUGGGUCCUCCGUCCGUCCUGAGAGGAAUAAAGGACAGAGGCUUGUGGGAAACACACGCAGACGUCUCGCUCAGCAGAUCCAGGACGGGGAGAAGGAGAUUCAGCAGCUGAAGCAAAGUCUGCGUUCGUUAUCUCGUCAGGCCAAAGACGCGGUGAAGGACAGCAGCCGGAUCUUCUCCGAGCUGCUGGAGUUUGUGGAGCGUCGCCGCGUCGAGGUGAAGGAGCUGAUCCGAGCUCAGGAGAAGGCUGAGGUGGUUCGGGCGGAGAACCAGGUGCAGCAUCUGGAGCAGCAGGUCUCCGAGCUGAGGAGGAGAGACGCUGAGCUGGAGCGGGUGUCGACCAGUCAGGACCUACACCAGAUCACACAGGUGAUGUGUCGGUCCGACCUCAGUCCAGAUGUUCCGGGAGCGAACUGCUCUCUGAUCAUCUGUCCACUUUCCUUCGGGCCUGUGAGACGAGCCAUCUCAGAAAUGAAGGAGCAGCUGGCGAGUCUGUAUCUCAGAGAACUCCCAAGUAUCAUCUCUGCAGUGAAAUCUGUAAACCUCCUGCAGAUGAAACAGGUCGACGGAGCUGGUCCAGUCGCCCUCGCUCUGAACAGCAGGAGUGAACUGCUUCAGUACUUCUGUCCUCUCUCUCUGGACCUGUUCACGGCUCACAGGCAGCUCUCCCUGUCGGGGGGGAACCGUGUGGUCAGUCGAACCGGAGAUCUCCAGUCGUACCCCGACCACCCGGAUCGCUUCGACACCUGGUGCCAGGUGCUGUGCCGCGAGGGGCUGCAGGGCCACAGCUACUGGGAGGCGGAGUGGGAGGGGAGCGAGGUGGUGCUGGGGCUCACGCACGAGAACAUUCAAAGAAAGGGAUCAUCUGACAAAUGCCGACUGGGACGCAACUUCCUGUCAUGGGGUCUCUGCUGCAGCCCCUCCUCCUUCAGCGUCUGCCAUGGCAGAGAGAAGAAGGAGGUGGCGCUGCCGGCCUCCAGCUCGCUGUCCCGCCGGGUCGGGGUGUUUCUGGACCACGAGGCCGGACUGAUCUUCUUCUACAUGGUGACGCCCGGAGGAGUCGUCCUCCUGCACAGGGUGACGUCCUUCUUCGAGCUGCCCCUCUACGCUGCAGCGUGGCUGGGAUCCGACUCCACCGUCACCCUGUGCACGGUGGACUGACGCAGCACAGACAUCGAGAUGCUGUGUGGGUCAGUGGUUUGAAUGUCAUUCAGUAAAAUUCACUUAGGUCUAGACGUGAUACCUCAGAUGAUAAUGAAAGAAACGUCAUUAUUUUAUUAUCAGCAAAAUGCCAAACUAACAUUUCUGUCCUGAAACGACAACAAUGUGGCAUUUUUUUAUAAUUAUAAUCAUGUUAAAAAUAUCAUAUAUAUUCAGAUAUACAGGCCUCACACUACAUUUAACUUUAUUAGUCUCACUGUUUAUUGUAGUUGAGAAUAUAAUCAAGCCUUUUACUCAUUUCAACUUUAUAUUUUUUUCUUUUUAAUGUGUUUAAUUGAUCACAGAUUAGUUGAUGAGUCUGAAUCUAGCAUUGAUGCCGUUACUUUACUGAAAGCUAGAUGUAUAUAAUGUAAAAGACUCAAAAUAAUCAGUGCACGAUUCUGAUCGUUUCCAACAUGCAACAGAAGACAAACUGGAAGAAUAUUAAUAUCUCAGGAUGGAUGUUCUGGACAUUUUCCUUCUGCAUUCAUUUGUUAAAAGAAAAACAUUACCUCGUGUGCUGUCCAGCCACGUCAUCAAACUACAUUGUAAGAGACAGAAUGUAUUUUUAUAUGUCAUGUAACUUUUUUGAUGAAAGCAACAACCCACAGACCUCAGUGUUUAACAGUUUGAACAUCAGGAUUCGUGCCUUAGUGGAAAGAGGUGGACUAGUGUCUGUCUGUAGAAAGACAUUUUAACCCCUUAUUGCCUGAAUUAAUUUCCAAAUAUAUUUAAAAAAAAAGAUGUUUUUGGAUGUCAUACAGAUGCUAAAUUUAGUUGGUAUGAGGCAAAUUAGCGACAUUAGGCAUAAUGGGGCAUAACCUUGAAAUGAAUAACAUGUUUUCUGUGCGAUCAUUGCUGUUCCAUCAUCACAGUAUUUCAAAUACAGCUUAAUACCUAAAAAUAACUGAACAGUCCCAAGGGGCUAGUAUGUAUUUUCCACUCCGACCACUAGAUGGCGGCAGAGUGCUUCCAAUACUUUCCUUGGUGUGUGUAGUAUUUGCACCAUCAGGCACAAUAGUCACCUCGGCGGCAUUCAAACCGGAAUGGGGUUGGAGGCAAAUUCGCGACAUUGGUCUACAAGGGGUUAAGUGUUAAACUAUUUGCACCUUCAUUUUAUUGUAAUGGAAACAGACCAGAACAAAUAGCUGCUUGUUAUCCUCCAACAGGUCAAGUGAGGUGUGUUGCUGGGUUAAUCUGGUCUGAAAGGUAACCUGUGAUUAAAAAAACACUAGAGACAAAAGAGUCGCUUCAGUGCUCGAGUUGUGUUUUAAUUAUUGUUUUUAUUAACCGUUGACACAAAGCAGAGAAACCAGGCGUGACAAAAGACGAAAACAAAAAGACAGAGCGGGAUUAGAUCUUGUUGAAAGCAGCGACGUCGACGCUCUGGAUCUGAAACAGAACAAACAGGGAACUGGUGAACUCGAGUGAACGUGUCGUGGAAACAGGAGUUCAAAUGUAUAAACUUCUGUUUAUAUCUCAUUUAUGCAGCAAUGUACCGACUGUGCCAGUUUAAGAGGUGCACCUAACUUUAGGUUAUCUAACACUGAUAAAUAAGAUCUUCCUGAAGGUUAUAAUGUUUAGUUUUUGUUUUAACCUGCCUGUGAAACCCAAGUGUCCUAAUUUCAACCAUAACAAUAAAAAACAAGUUGACGAAGAA